UGCCCCCAGCUAGAGCCGCCUUUGCCCAAAAGGGGCCGGGGAGACUCAGCAAACUCCUGACGUCCUGCUCGGGCUCCGUUCCCACUCCCCGAGUGACUUCAGGGACAGACGGGACGGACAUCCGACCGGCGGGGGACUGAAGCACACCGGACCGACGGAGGAGAGGGACCGCAGUGGAGCUGAGGUUUCCUUGCAGCUCUUCCAGCGAACCGGGCAGUGAGUGCUGGUUGCCAUCAUGCCAUCCUCCUCCGCUCAGGAACCCUCUCUCCUUGUCGGUCCCAAUGCCACAACUCCAGCCAACAGCAGCCUGGAAGAGAGCCAGUUCUUCUACGCUUUCUCACUCCUGGACAAGGAGCUCCACGACAGCUUUCCCAGCCUGUGGGUGGCCCUGAUGGUCGUCAAUGGGACCAUCUUCCUCGUGGGCGUGGCCCUCAACAGCCUGGCCCUCUACGUCUUCUGCUUCCGUACAAAGACUAAGACCACCUCCAUCAUCUACACCAUCAACCUGGUGGUGACAGACCUGCUGGUGGGUCUGUCACUGCCCACGAGGUUCAUCAUCUACUAUGGGGCUCAGAACUGUCUCAACUGCUCUCUGGUGCACGUCUUCAGCUACUUCGUCAACAUGUACUGCUCCAUUCUCUUUCUCACCUGCAUCUGUGUGGACCGUUACCUGGCCAUCGUCCAGCUGGAGGCCUCGAGGAAGUGGAGGAACCCCAGCUGUACCAAAGGCAUCUGCGUCUUCAUCUGGGUCUUCGCCGUGGUGGUGACCUUCUCCGUGCUCACCGCGGCGGUGCAGGGAGGCUCCUGCUGCCGCCUCUUCGCCUUGACGGUCUUUGAGUACUUCCUGCCUCUGGUGGUCAUCACCUUUUUCACCGGGAGGAUCAUGUGCGCUCUGUCCAAGCCCAAUCUCAUGCACCAGAGCCGCGAGCGGCGAAUGCGCGCCGUCCAGCUACUCCUUUCGGUGCUCAUCAUCUUUCUGGUGUGCUUCACGCCGUUCCACGCGCGCCAGCUGGCCGUCUCCCUCCGUCCUCAAGCCGUGUCCAAAGAAGCGGGUCUGGUGGCUUACCACGUCACCAUCACCCUCAGCAGCCUCAACAGCUGCAUGGACCCCAUCGUCUACUGCUUUGUGACCAACAGCUUCCAGGCCACCGUCCGGGGCCUCUUCCGCAGAAGCGAGCCCGAGCAGACCAGCGGGGAGGUCAUCAGCAUGCACAAGAGCUCCAAGGGCUCCCUCCACAACGCCAUCGUCCCCUGCCCCCGCGCUCCCACCGACGGGCCCCGAGUGUAGCCGGGCCGUAGGAGAGACCAGACGACGCGCAAGGUGUCGCGGAAAAAUCCUGGAAUUGGAGUCACGGACUCUGCUCUGCUCCUGACUCUCCGUGUGACCUUAGUCGAGUCUCCGCUUAGGUGGAGAUGAAGUUUCCUCAUCUAUAAAAUCAAGUCUUGACCCACGUGAGCUCUAAGCUCACAUAAGAGCUCAGAAACAUUCUUUCCAACUCCAUUGGGACUCUGAUGACCUUAGUUCUAAGGAUGGUUCCAGGUGGGCUUCCACCUCUAUUCCGCCUCUGCCUCCGUGUGUGAACUCACACAAGUCCCUUCAACUGUGUAUGCCUUCAUUUUCUCCUCUACCAAAUGGGGAAGAUAAUGUCUGACCUUCCUACCUCAUGGGGGAGUAGAGAGGGUGAGAGCAGCCUGUGAUGUGUACGUCAUUAGAUACUUACAGACACAUCUGGCCAGGGCAAAUGGACAUCAGAUUUAGUUACCUGAUCCUCCCCUAAAUAGUGUUUUCUGGUGACUGAGGGGUUAGUUAGCAAUUAUUUCUUUAGUUCUAGGCAUUUCCCCAAUUUUGGUUAAUUUGGUAUGUGGGUACAGUCUCUGUGCCCCCAUAAGUCUUAGGCACAGGAAGGGGAGAAUUGGGGGGAAAUGUGGGAGAAGAGUAGAGAAAGGAAAGGGGAAGAAUCAAAGUAAGAAAGGAGCAAACCAAAGAUGCCUCAAAUGGAGAGGGAUAGAGGAGAUACCAUCCAUGAUCACCUCAGGGUGUAUAUAUACAGAUGUCCCCUGGGCCUCACAUUAGUACCGGAUCUGAAGCUUUUCAGAAACACUUUCCCAUCUAAUCCAUUGUCUUAGCUUUAAAACAGCCUGGAAGGAUGGCAGGAAAAGGUCUCUAUCCUGAUCUUAGCAUGGAGCCAGAAGCAAAGUGAUUAAUAAAUGCACAAUGAUGUCAAUUGUCCCCAUUGUUUUUAGAGAAGGAAACUAAGAUGCAGAGAAUGCAUGCAUCUAGCUCUCAACUAAGGGAUCCUUUCUCUAAACAUCAUCACCUCCCUUCAUCUUAAGCAUUAGCUUCCCACUGCUGAUGGUCAGAGUCUCCUAUGUGUGUCCCACCUGAAUAAAAGCAGAGUAGACUUCUGAGGGAGUUCCAAGUAGGGUUUCCAAUUAGAAUUUCUGACUUACCUGCACCUGUUUGGUAUACAUAGAAACUUAGAGCUAAACAGGGACAUUUUCCUGAACCUGAGGACCUCCACCUGUACUGAUGGAAAGCUCUUAGCCCAGAGAUUAAUCUAGAGCCUGCCCAAAGUGGAUCAGAGACCUCUCUUUGUGCUCAGGAUAGGUAAAAGGUACUUUGGAAGUACCCUGCCUCCUCCAUUCCCAGUCUGCCUCCUCAAAUAUAUAACGUUUGAGUUGGAAUAUAGAUAGGUCAUGCCUUAGCUGCUAGCAUGGAGGCAGUGGAGUAGAUAGAAUCCUGGAUCUGGAGUCAGGAAAACCUGAAUUCAAAUCCUGCUUCAGAUACUAGUCAUGUGACUCUUUGCAAGAGACAUAAUCUCUGUCUGCCUCUGUUUCCUCUUCUGUAAAAUGAAAAUAAUAAUAGCACUGACCUCACAGAAUUGUAGUAAGGAAAAAUAUUAAAGCAUUUUGCAAACCUUAAAGUACUAUCUAAAUGUUAGUAAUUUUUAUUCUAUGAGCUCUGCCUCCCCACCACCAAAAAAACCAUUUCAUUGAUGAAGGAAAGAAGUGCUGACCCCCUCCCCUAAAUUUGUCACAGUCCCACUUGCUAAAAACCAAUAGUUCUGUUUAUUGAGAGCUAAUCCUUGAGUGUCCUAAUACCUUUCCUUCUCUGAAGUCCUAGGGAAUCAUUCCAGAAAUCCUACUCAUUCAGUAACGUCUUUAGAAGUUCCUCCUAGGUCAGAAGGGAAUUUUCUAGUGUGGCACAUUGGAGGGAGAACCAGAUAUGAAGUAUACAGGACCUGGAUUCAAAUCCAGACUCUCCUAAUUACUACCAGCAUAUCAUAAAUUAGGCCCCCAGUUUCCUCAUCUGUAGAAUGAGGGCACUGGACUAAGCUUCUGUGGGGGUUGCAAACUCAUAUGGGGUCAUGUAACUGAAUGUAAAAUUGUGACUUAUAAAUGUUUGAUUUGUAUGCCUAUUUUAUAUAUCUGUAUACCCAGGGUCUCAAGUGAAAAAGGGUUGCAAGUGGAAAAAAUUGAAGAAGCUCUCGAUUGGACAAAAUCUAGGAUUCCUUCUUGCUCUGAAGUCCUAUAAUUCUGAGUUCUAAGCUACUUGGCCCUUGACAAAAUGGAGACACUGAAGAGUUCAUAUUUAGAAAUAACCCUAUCCCCUCUUUAGUUCUUGCUUCCCUAGUCUUGAUAUUUUCUUCCCACUCCCUCUCCAGCAUCAACAUGCUCAGAUGCUUUGUUUUUCUUCAGAUGGGACAACCCACCCUCCAACUCAAUGCUUUUCCAAUGGCUGACCACCGUGUUUUAAUGCUCCUUCUCACCUUCAUGCCCAGGGUUCCUUUAAGACUCCAUUCAAAUCCCACCUUCUGCAAGAGGCCUUUCUCAGCUUUUGAGUGCUCCCUCUUCCCCCGGCAAUGCUUUCUCUCUGAGAUUACCUUCCAUUGCAUUAUAUCCAUCUUGUAAAUAUAAAUUAUAUGUUUUCUUCCAUUAGAAUGGAAGUUCCUUGAAGGCUUGGAAGGCUGCCUUGCCUUGAUUUGUACCUAUGGCACUGAGCACAGUACCUAGUAUAUAGCAAAAACUUAACAAAUGCUUGUUGAUGGACUAUCUAAAGACUUCAAGGCUAGUCCACGAGUUUAAAUGUCUAAGAAUCCUUUUUGACUUGAGGUGCUCAGAUCAGAAUGUUCUCCCUGUAGUUAAGCAGGAAGAUUUCUCAGUAACACCCAGUUCCCACCAGAAGGAUGACUACCUAUUCUUCCUAUGUGUAAAGCUGAUUCUACCUUCGAGCAUUUUUUCCCGUGCCUUGAGCUGAUUCCUCCAACUCCAAUUUGCAGGAGAAAAAUGUUAGAGGUGAUAGAGGAAGAAUUAGGGAAGUGACCCUGGCCAGCAGCUUAGUUCCCUGCCCUCUUAUUGAGGGAAGCAUUGCCCAAGCAGACCCUGCAGCAGAGAACCUUCCUGGAUAUGUUUCUUUAGGGAGUUCUGGGGUAUUUUUUAGGUCCACCCCUAAGCCGUAAAAUGAGCCUCCAGAGUAAGAGGUGGGAGACCUCCUGAACUGGAAAGAUGCUACCAUUUAGCUAAAUGUUCCCCUGGCUCCCUGAAGCUCUAAGACCCAAAUCCAUAAGAAUAAGGAAUAACUGUUGAUAUUGAUAAAGAUGGAGGAAGAUGAACUCAAGCACGGGAAUCUUCCCAGAGAACUGCUCCCAUUCAGCCCUGGCUCUGCUCAUGAUUUGCCAUGUGAUCUCGAGGAAGGCACAUUUUCCUUUGGGGUUUUAGGUCCCUCUUCUGCAAGUGAGAUCAUCUCUAAAGUUCCUUCCAGUUUGGAUAUUCUGUUCUAUGAUUCCAAAAUCCAAAGAAAGACCAGCAGCAUCAAUGAUGAUGGAGGAAAUGAGAGCCCUUUGGGACAGAGAGGGGAAAUCCUAUCUUGUCACCUUCCACUUCAUCCUCCAAGCAGUACCCCUGUAUUGCUUUAUAUCUUCCAGGCUGUCCUGCUUCAGUACCACCAGGAGCAUCUGCUUCUUGGUCUGUGAUGUAAGCCUGGGUAAUAAAGAUAGAGGUAUUAGGUAUGGGCUGGAAGAGACAGCCUUUCCCCUGCAAAGGCUUUCUCUAGGGUGAGAGUUCAGGGACGCAAGCUUGGCUGGUGUUCCAAGUCCUGAGCAAGGUCUUUCCCAAUCUAGACCUAGUGUUCUCUCCUCAUUGAAAAUGUCUUAGAUCUCUUGGUGUAUAUAUGUUGCAUUUACUUAUUUGUGUACUGGUUGUACCCCUUGGGAGAACAUGACAUCCUCGGGCAGAGGUGAUUUUGUUCCUGUUUUUGUAUUCCCCAGUUCCUAGCACAGUCCCUCACAGUAGUUAGCAUAGUAAGUCAUGUUUGUUGAGUUGAUUUGAACACUUCAUUUUACCAAAGGGGAAAGAGAUGCCCAGAGAGGGGAAGUGAUUUUUAGAGGGUAACCCAGCAAGGACACUGGUGUGGCCAGAAUCAGAGUCUCCAGAGGCCGGGACCAGCCAGGGCUCUUUCCACUAGGCCAGAAGGUGAUAAAUAUUUGCAAGCCACCACCCCUCCCCCAAUCCCCAAACUAAUUUUUUUUUAGUAGAAGAAAAUGUCAUGUGUAUUUAUAUCAGAUGUAAACAAUUCCUGUAAUGAGACGUCCUGAAUUAAAGCUGUUUAUUCUGACUGAGUGGCCUCCACUUCUAGAGCUCUGGGCAGAUCCACUGGACUAAGCUCAGCAGGCCCAGGGAACAGCAGGUUGUUUCUGGAGUGUGACCAGGUCGUUGUGACCCAGGGAGGCCCCAGGUGGUGGGGAAAGCGGAGGGGAGGAGACCAGCCUACCUUGGACACACUCCCAAAUAAGU